AUGACGUCAGCUAGUAGUGGUCUGAUGGGAAACUCCUCUGCUUCCUUCAUGGGUACGUUCCUGGCCAGCAGUCUGGGCUCGUCCUCCCACCCCUCUCACCCCUCGCGGCCCCCCUCCUCACCCUCUUCACCCGGAUCCUUCCGUGGUGGGCCCCACUCCAGCGCCUCUCAGAUCUGGUUCCCUCACUCACACGAAGCAGCCCCGGGGUAUCCUCGAUUCUCAGGGAGUCUUGCCCACACCUUCCUUCCCAUGAGCCACUUGGAUCACCAUGCCAACAGCGGCGUCCUCUACGGGCAGCACCGUUUCUACGACACCCAAAAAGAGAACUUCUAUCUAAGAAGCCUUCCGUCCCAGCCCCCUCUCAUCUCAGCCAAUCACGGUCUUCCGCCCAUCUCCAGGGCGGGGCCGGGUCACCCUCAGGGCUCCUGCAGUCGGGACAUGGACCCAGGGGGCGGAGUCAGCCUACACAAGGGCCUGAAGGAGGGGUCCGUCGAGAGAGGGGUGGUCCCCAGCACCAAGGACAAGGAGAGGCCCAGCAGCAAACAGGAGGCCAAGGAGCGUCAGCAACACCAUAGCCACCACCCCCAGCCCUCACAUCCACACCACCACCACCCACACCCCGGCCACACACAGCCCCACCCCCACCAGCAGCACCCCCAGUACCCCCAGCACCCGGUCUCCCUGGAGGAGGUCAAUAGCAGAGCUCUGGAGAGGCACAUGGAGCACCAACAGACCUUAGGAAUGACCAGAACCCUCAGCGCCUGCCUGCUCAAUGGAAAGAUGCAGAACGGGGGGGACUCUGGGACGGGGGGAGCCAAGGCUUCCAUGACUAGCUAUGGGGGGGAGGUGGUGGGGAGCAGGGGGGCUCAGACACAGCCCAGCCACAGACACAUGGAGGGUGGGGGAAUCCGCUGCACCAAGGAAGGGGUGAGCGGCGAGAUGAGGAUCAGUGAGCAGCCUUCGGACUGUCUGGAGGGGAGGGGCCAGAUGCUCCACCACGCCCUUCCCUACUCCGUGGCGCCGCCCCUGCAAAUGGGUUCAGCUGCUGGGGGAGGCCACCCCCACCUCCACCCCCACCACCACCCUCACCCGCAUCCUGGGGGGUUCCACUGCCUUCAGCUCCACCCCAGCCACCCCCACCACCCCCACACACACCACCACCCGGACUUCUUCUGCCCGCCUCCACCUGCCCCUCUAACCAACCCCUCGCCGCAUGAGAGGGGAGGGGGAGGGGGGCGAGACCCCAAAGUGACAGGGCCCACGUUCAUACCAUCUGUAGGGGGAGGACACUUGGGGGACAAGUCCAGCGGGCAACCCUUCCAGAUGGGCACCCCACCUGACUGCCAGGGGUUGGUGGGUGGGGGCGGCAGUGCCAAGGACAAGGCCAUGGAGAAGAGUCCCUGGCACAGGAAACAGCAGCAGCAGCUGUACAGAAAGGCUGAGAAGACCCCGGACUGGAUGCAGCAGCAGAGUCACCACCCCCAACAACCCCAUCCCCAACAACCCCUUCCCCAGCAGCCCCAACAGCCCCAGACCCAACAAACCCAGCCCCUACAACCCCAGACCCAACAACCCCAGACCCAACAACCCCUUCCCCAGCAGCCCCAGACCCAGCAGCACCAAGCCGUGCGUUCUCGCAGCGUCGAAUGCAUCAAUAGCGUGGGAGUGGACACCACCGAUGUGUUCCGGCCCUCUCUUCCCCAGGGAGCCAAGGCCGGACACUCCCUCCCCCACUCUGUCAACACCUCCCCCUACAGAGACUGCUCCCUCCCGGGCCCCCUGCCCAACGCCUCACCCCUGGGGGGUCGAGGAGGUGCAGGCGGUGGUGCUGGAGGUGGGAGUUGUUCCUUACAGAGAGAUGGUCAGAAGGUGGCACGUAUUCGCCACCAGCAGCACGGUGGGCCUGGCCCGGACCCCCCAGCAGCAGAGCUGAACCAGAACAACAAACAGAACCAGGACCUGAACAGGAAGCUGGAGAUGUCCCCGUACGGCUACAGCAACAGUGGGCAGGGACAGCAGCAUCACCCCCAGCAGCCCCCGGUUCCUCCCUGGGCCAUGAGGCCUCACCACGUCCACCCUGCAGAGGAGGAGCAGCAGCGGAAGGCCUACAUGGAGUCUCUCAGUGGUGGCAGGCAACAGCCCCAGCAACAACCAGGGCAAGGUAUGGGCCUCCCUCCUCAUCCUUCUCCCCAGCCCCAGCCACCUCCACCCCCAGCCCCCUCUCAGCAGCAGCAAGACCCCCAGGUCGCCUCACAGGCCCAGGAGGAGAGCAGUGCCAUGAAGAGCCUGCUGAAGUACAGCACCCAGCAGCAGCCCCUGCUCCUCUCCCAGAAGAGUCCCUUCGGAGGCCUGGGAAGCCUCAAAUCCGCUGGUCCUGGGGGUCCUGGAGGUGGAGCCCCCGGGGUUAGCUGCACCCUGCAAGGCAGCAAACAACAACAGGCCCUGCCCACUAGGAAGGGCCAGGCCAAUGACGGAGAGCGCUCUGACUGUGGGGGGCGUGGCCGGGAGGUGGGCGAGGCGGUGGGUCACGGUGAGGGAGAGGUGCGCCAACCGCCUGUGGGCAUCGCAGUCGCUGUGGCGAGGCAGAGGGAACCGUCCUGUCGCCCGGUGGACGCCCACCCCAACAGCCGGCAGGGGCGGGUGCACCCCUCCAUGAAAGGACCUCCUCGCUCCAUGUAUCCCUCAGACCCUGCAGGAGAGGAGGAGAGGAAGAGGAUGAGUGGAGAGCGGAUGGGUCUGACCUGCCUGGACCGAGACAGAGAGGCCUACAUCAGGGAUAAUAAGGAUCCAGUGGACUUCACAAGGAUCCAUCCGUCCAACAGCUGUCACGGUGACAUCACCUCUCACCUCAUGGUACCGGGUGGGACUUCCCUACAAUCUGGCCAAUUAGGAGACCCCUCUGCACAUGCACACGCCCACUCGGCCCACCACCAUUGGCUGCCGAGCACUGGAAGUCCCUCCAUCUGGAUGACAAGCCACUCCUACGGAAUCUGUGCCACUCAGCCCUUCACCAGAAUUUCGCCCCAGGUUUUCCUGCAGCCCUGCCAGGGUCUCUACAGCCUGUGCUGCCUCUGGCCCAGGACCCGUCUACCCAGCUGGUGGUGCUACCCACAGAGCCUGCUGCCCACCCUGUCACACAUCACCUGGGUUUGA